AUGAACGACGCGGCGGACUCAAAAGAGAACAACUUCCUAUGUAAUGCUCUGAUCGGCCGGUCCACUGUGUUCCACAGCAACGAGAACAAAGGAACCCCAACUAGAUGCAACGACGCGGAGGACUCAAAAGAGAACAACUUCCUAUGUCUGUGGUGCCUGGUGCUGAAGACACCUCAGCAGCGUCUAAGUGAAUGGCCUCUGUCUUCGGUUUACAAACAUGUCCAUAUCCCCGAGUCCACGAAGGACCAGAAUCUGGGUUUUGGCGGCAGCCGCAGCCUGGAUUUCCAGGUGUUCCUGUUGUCCAGGGAGCAGAAACAAGCUGAGGUUGACAUCAUAGACAUAUGUGAGUCAAUCCUGGAGAGAAAGCGGCAUGACAGCGAACGGUCUACGUGCAGCAUCUUGGAGCAGAAUGAUAUCGAAGCCGUCGAGGCUCUUGUUUGCAUGAGCUCCUGGGGUCAAAGAUCCCAGCAAGGUGACCUGUUAAAGAUCAGACCCCUCACACCUGUCUCUGACUCUGGAGAUGUCACCACAACUGUGCAUGUGGAUGACGCCGCACCUGAGCUACCAAAGGACUUCCAUUCUUUAUCAACGCUGUGCAUGACUCCUCCUCAGAGCCCUGAUCUCGUGGAGCCAUCGACGGGGACGCUUGUUCCUUCCCAAGUAACUGAUCCCAAAGCAUGCGUGGUCACGGCCAUCUCCCCGGCCUCUGGUGGGGCAGCCAGAGUGCUGAGCAGUGGGGCAGAGAGGGGCCUGCCUGGCUUAAAGCCAGAGCUGCUGGAACCAGCCCCUGGCCGCCCCCCCUGCAAGGCUGUGGUGACGAGUGUCAUCCGCCACACCACGGGGAGUCCUGCUCCCAUCCACACACCUACCACGCAGACUCAAGAAUGCCCGCUUUCAGACAACGGAGAAGGAGAAGCACGGUUUCUGGGACAUACUGAAGCUUUGCAGGACACACACCUCACAAACAGUUUACUCAGCGUUAACGCAGUGUCUUGUCAGCCUUGCUCACAUAAGUCGAGUGGCCUGAUCCCCACUGACAAAGGCCAGCAGGCAGAUUGGCCCGUUGCAAUUCAGACCUGCUUACCAAAGAAUUACGAAAAUGACUUGCCAAGGAAAGCCACUCCUCUGAUUUCUGUCCCCAUCCCCAGUCCCCCUGUCCUUUGCCAAAUGAUCCCUGUGACUGGACAAAGCGGCUUAUUAUCAGCUUUUUUGAAGCCACCUCCCCAAGUAUCAGCCGGGACUGUCAAACCCAUCCUACCCCAUGCUGCUCCGUUGCCCCAGCCUGUGUUCGUGGGACCAUCUGUGCCUCAGGGAACUGUGAUGCUGGUUCUGCCCCAGGGGGCGCUCCCCCAGCCUGCCACCUGUUCUUCGAGUAUAAUGGCUGUCGGUAAUACCAAGUUACUGCCUCUUGCCCCUGCUCCCGUGUUCAUUGCCUCCAGCCAGAACUGUGUCCCUCAGGUAGACUUUUCCCGAAGGAGAAAUUAUGUUUGCAGUUUUCCAGGCUGCCGGAAAACGUACUUCAAAAGUUCCCACCUCAAGGCUCAUCUUCGCACGCACACAGGAGAGAAGCCUUUCGGCUGCAGCUGGGCUGGCUGCGGUAAGAAAUUCGCCCGCUCCGACGAGCUCUCUCGCCACCGCAGGACGCACACCGGGGAGAAGAAGUUCGUGUGCCCAGCGUGCGACCGGCGUUUCAUGCGCAGCGACCACCUGUCGAAGCACGCCCGGCGCCACGUGACCACCAAGAAGACCACUGGCUGGCAGGCAGAGGUUGGCAAACCGAACAGAAUUGCCUUGGAGACACCCGGAGGCCACCGGUGAGCGCGCCAGCCGCUGCCUGGAAGGCCGGCCGGGGGUGGCUGGCGAGUGGCCCACGGGAGUUGUAAGGAGCCUUCUUUCAGGAAAGGGACUGGUGGCUUUCUCCCCGCCCCCCAACCAUUGUCUUGGGAGUUGGGGGAAGUGGGGAGCUGGUUCUAAGGAGAGUAGGUUAACUUUUCUUUCUGGUUGAUCCCGUUCAAUAUCUUUUGUAGUUUUAGAAGUUUUUUAAGGAAAUGGAAGAAAAUUUGAUAAUGUAAAUCACCAGCAUUCAAAUAAACGUUUCGGCAAUAAAUUUUACAAUAUCUGGAUUUUUACAACCUUUCUAUUCAUGUUUUGUAGCAAUGAGACAGGGUAUUGAUUUUUAUACUGUUUUUUAUGAAAAUAUUUACAUCAUUGAUACUCUGAUCACCAGUUUCUAGGUAGAUGAUUUCGCAAUCUUGUUUUCAAUGUUUAACAAUGUUUUUAUAGUAACCCUGCUUUUAGUAACCUUGGCACAUUAUUCAGCCAAAAAAAAAAAAAAUCACAAGUUUGUAAUCAGGCCUUUAAGAUCUAAGAA